AUGACAUUAAAUGUUGAUGAGAACAAGUUUAUGGAGGAGUUCUUUGAACAGGUGAAUGAGAUAAGGGAGAUGAUAGAUAAAAUAGCAAUCGAUGUCGAUGAAGUGAAGAAGAACCACAGUGCGAUUUUGUCUGCCCCUCAAACAGAUGACAAAACGAAAGAUAAGUUAGAAGAUUUGAUGGCUGAAAUAAAGAAAACAGCUAAUAAAGUCAGAGGAAAAUUAAAGGUUUUGGAACAAAAGAUCGAACAAGAAGAGGAGACUAACAAAUCAUCUGCUGAUCUACGAAUUCGUAAAACACAGGUCUUUGUUUAUAUCUUUCUUUUAAAUUAA